AUGCAGGAACUUAUGCAGGAAGCGGUCAAACGGAGAGCGGCUUUAGCUCUUGUACAGGAGCCAUAUGUCGGUGCAGGAACACAAGUCAUAGGCUAUGCCGGAGCAAGGGUAUUUCAAGUCUCAGAUAGCGCUGUACGGACCAAGGCGGCCAUAGUAGUCUUCGAUCAAUCCCUGAAGGCUGAGUUAGCGGGCACACCUACCCCAAAUAUUGUAACAAUCAAAAUAGAUAACUGGCCACGGGAAGUGCAUCUAACAUUCUUCUACUUCGAACCGAAACCCCACGCCAUACAACCCUACCUAGAAGAACUUAGCCGAGAAAUAAGAAAGAGAAGAAGUAUCAUAGCAGGCGAUGGGAACGCCAAAAACAUAUGGUGGGGAUCUGCGAAAACUGAUGAAAAAAGAGGCGCUAGAGGCGGUUUUAUCAGAGAAUCAAAUGGAUUGACUAAAUGUAGAAUAUCUCGAAAAGAAGAAGAAUCUCUUACCCGCACAGGCCAUAUCGUGGAAUCCGUUCAUACGGAGAUGGCGAGGGACUCCAGACGCAAAGGACUGAACGCUCUCGCUGCCACUCGUAACAUCAAGACGAAAGGGGUUCACGAGCAAAUGAUGGACGUGACGAAGUAUAAAUUGUGUGUUAAUUGUUUGAGACAAGGUCACCCCGAAAGCGAGUGUCGCAUGGGUCCAUGCCGUGAACGCGGCUGCACCGAGCGUCACAAUAUUCUGCUCCAUCGCCCAUCAUCCUCCUCAAGCCACCUCGCUCUCAUUGAUGAACAAGAUGAAAAUGAAAUUAUCGUUAACUAUUCUAAUCACAAUACAAAUCAGGUGUUAUUAUCUACUGCUAUCAUUGAAGUAUCGAAUCCAGUUGAUCAUCAAAAGGUCAAAGUUCGUGCUCUUUUAGAUUGCGGAAGCCAAUCGUCAUUUAUAUCUGAGUCCCUAAAGACGAGACUGUCAUUAAAGUCUCGCCACAUUGACACACUAAAGGUCAUCGGUAUAGGGAACACUUCUUCAAUGAAUGUAAUUGAAAGUUGUGAUAUUUAA